GUCGGCGCUGGAGACCGCCGACCUCCUUGUCGAACACGUCUUCCGUCUCCACGGCAUUCCACUGGACAUUGUCUCGGACCGGGGGCCCCAGUUCGUAUCCCGCGUCUGGAAGCAGUUCUGCCGGUCCCUCGGGGCCACUGCCAGUCUGACCUCGGGGUACCACCCCCAGUCCAAUGGACAAGCCGAGCGUGCCAACCAGGAUCUGGGGGCGGCCCUCCGCUGUGUGUGCCUUCACCGUCCCUCGUCCUGGGUCGACCACUUACCCUGGGUGGAGUACGCGCACAACACCCUCGUCUCUUCUGCCACCGGUAGGUCCCCCUUCAUGGCCGCCUACGGGUACCAGCCGCCGCUGUUCCCGUCCCAGGAGGGGCAGGUGGAGGUCCCCUCUGUGCAGCACCACCUCAAGCGGGCCCAUCGCGUGUGGAAGGAGGCCCGGGCUGCGUUGUCCCGCACGGCGGCCAGGAACCAGCGGAUCGCGGAUCGUCGCCGGCGCCCGGCUCCUUCAUACGUGGUAGGACAGAAGGUGUGGUUGGCGACGAGGGAUCUUCGGCUGGCCGGCACGUCUGCGAAACUGGGACCCCGAUUUACUGGACCGUUCGAGGUCGAGGCCGUCAUCAGUCCAGCUGCAGUCAGGCUCCGGCUACCGCCCACCAUGAAGGUUCACCCCGUCUUCCACGUCUCCCUUCUCAAACCCGUGUCUCCCAGUGACUUGGCUCCUCCUCCCACGCCGCCGCCACCUCCGCGGGUCGUCGACGGUGACCCGGUGUACACGGUUCGUGCCAUCCUGGACUCUCGGCGCAGGGGAAAGGGGUUCCAGUAUCUGGUCGACUGGGAGGGCUACGGGCCUGAGGAGCGGCAGUGGGUGCCUCGCUCCUGGAUCCUUGAUCCGUCCCUUUUGCGCGACUUCCACGCUGCACAUCCAUCCAAGCCGGGUAGUCCGCCGGGAGGCGUCCAUUGAGGGGGGGGUACUGUCACGUCGCGUGUCCGCCAGCAGGUGGCGGGUUUUCUCCCCCGCCAUCCGCGCACCUGUCCGUAAUUUCGGGCUGAUUGCCCUCUUUUAUUAAGAGACUCCGACAGUCAUCUCGCUGCCGGAGAAUUCCACGCCGUGCCAUUGCUCUCUCGUGCUAAUUCCUCGAUUAUAGAUUACUCGUUGCCUUCUUGCCUUGCGGCCUUUACUCUUGCCAUUCGCGAUUAGUCACUAAAUUGUACUCUCUUAUAUUGCCUAUUCAGUAGUUCCUCGCACCUUGUUUUUUCGGCGAGCGUUUUCGGUUGUUUCCUUAUUUCUCCCCUGGUCCUUAUUUGACCAGCGUUUUGUGUUACCGUUUUUUCCCUGUCGGGCUCUUUCUGUUUUUGUCAUUAAAGACACUCUUUGUUUUGACAAGGUUCUUUCGUGUCUGUUUUCCGGGGAUCCAACUCUUUAUUUUCAUUGUUCUGCACGAAGCGAUAGUUAUCGCUUCGGACAGAACGU